AUGGCACCCUUCACAUCCCUGCUCAGAAAGUACAACAUCCCAUACCGCUGGCGGCAGGCGCGCACACUCUUAAUCUCUCAAGGGGAAAAACGACAUGUGAAACGAGACCUUGCAGAAGCAAAGACCCUACUGGCCGCCAUACAUCUCCUGCAGGACUCACUAGACCUUGUGGGAUUUACUGCGGAAGCCGGGGGACCUCGCAGGCUAAACCCAGUAAUGACGCUGUUUAUCCCUAAGCGGUCCAAUCAGAACCUGUACGCUGCUGUUACAACUUGA